UACACAAGUGUUUACAGUGGAGUGUUCUCCACAGGUUACUGGCAGACACCUGCUCUCCACGCACGCCCUGCCUCCCUGCCUGGAAGAAGCACUCCAGUCCAGGGCCCUGGUUUGGACAAUCACAGAAAGAAUGAAAACUCCACGCUGCCGUUACAUUCUUCUGCCCGACCUGGGCGAUGAAACCUUGUCUCUAGAGCCUGAACAGGAAGCUGAUGGACUAGACUCAGUAAGGACAAAUGCAGAUGCUCCAUCCCUAGUUGCGGAAGAAUUGAAUGAGCCUGUACUGAAUGCUCAAAGCAGCAUCUUGCACACAGAAGAAAUCCAACAGCUAACUCCACAUCUCCCUCUGCGAGUGACUGGCUAUCCCUGGAACCUCAUCUACUGUACAGCAAGGGAUGGAUUUAGUCUGAAGACCAUGUAUAGAAGCAUGAACAACUUGGCCUCUCCUGUGUUAUUGGUUAUCAGAGAUACUGAUGGGCAGAUAUUUGGGGCUUUUUCUUCUACAGCUAUUCAUGUGAGCAGUUGUUUUUAUGGCAAUGGAGAAACAUUUCUGUUCUCCUUCAGUCCACAACUCAAGGUAUUUAAAUGGACAGGCAAAAAUACCUUCUUCAUGAAAGGAGAUGCAGACUCUUUAGCCAUUGGUGGAGGCAGUGGUAAAUUUGGACUCUGGCUAGAUGGAGACCUGAACCAUGGAGGAAGUCACCCCUGUGAAACCUUCAAUAAUGAGGCAUUAUCACCAAAAGAGGAAUUCCUCAUCCAAGACUUGGAAGUUUGGACACUCUCUUAAUUGGAAUUCUGGGAGAAAAAAAUCAGGUGUCUCUUCACACAAACUUUCCAAGCACCUGGGGAACAGGAUUUGGCCAAUAGUCCUACAGUAGUUUCUCAAAUCCCUCUCAUAUGAGGAUAAACCUGUUGCGGAUUCCCUAUGUCUCUAUAGAUCGGCAAGAAAGAAAGCAAUGCUGAAGAAUUUUCUCAUAUUUCUAUCCCUCAUUUAACAGCUUCUUCUCAAAUUAGCUGCACCUAAAACUGGUUUAUCCUUUGGAUGUAUCCAGGUCAGUGGUAGACAUCUGCAGUGUAGACAGAAAAUGAUGCCUGGGUAGCAAUCCUGUUAGGAAUUGGUAAGCAAUAAACAUAUUUGCCACCAUUGCUUGCUAGGGAAGUAACAUAAACAGAUUUUUUGUUGUUUUGCUUUAGCAGAUACCUGCUCAUCUAUGGGUCAAACUACUGUCAAAACAGAAGCAAACAUAUUGCUGUUAGGUUACACCUAAGACAUUUUUACUUGCUUUUUAAAUAUCGAGUAAAUAAGCAAGUAAAUAAGGAGGAAUUUCCUGACAGUGAAAAUUAUUAAGCAGUAGAACAAGCUGCCUCCUGAGGUCAUGGGUGCUUCAUCCCUGGAGGAUUUCAAGCAAAGGUUGGACAGCCAUUUGUCUGGGAUGGUCCAGCAGGUUGGACUAUAAGACCUCCAAGGUCCCUUCAAGCCCUAGGAUUCUAUACUUCUACUUUAUGCUUUGAAAUCUGAAACCUUUGGAAAGACUUCCAAAGGAAUUUUUAUGACUUAACCAUGAUACUUAGGAAAAGCUGAGUAGUUAUAUCACAACACAUUUUCUAUUGCUUUUUGCUUACAUGCCUAAAUAACUUCUAGAGACACAUUUCUCUGAACAUGUUAGACCUACACUCACUCCAUACUUUAGACGACCUUCAACAUCCUUUUUAAUAAAGCGCGCGCGCACACACACACACACACACCCCUUUUUUUACAAUGGAACACUAGAGUCAGUUUUUCAGCAGUAAGUCACCUUUUGAGUUGAACUUAACUCUGGCAAUGUAACAUAGAGAGGCCCAAUUCAGUUUUCAUGGCUUUGUACCUAUGGAAGUGCUUUACUGCUGGCUUCUCACAGGAAGCUAUUGUUUUUUUUACAUCUUUUACAAAAACACCAAGUUUUUUCUUCUUCUUGCCUGCAAAAGCAGCUUCCUAAACAAUAGUUCUUCUUUAGUACAAUCCAGUUGUUCACUCAGGCUUUACGUCAGACUUGCCUUCUCCUUUCUAUUAUGGAAAACUGCAUUUUAUUAGCACUGUAUUUGCAAUAUUUUGUUUCCAGAAAUCUGCCAUAUACUUUAAUGUGCUCUGUAAUGUACAGUAGUUUGAACAACUUUCAGCUGUUGCAUUCCUGGCGUCAUUUUAUAAAUAUUUCAACACUCUAUAGCAUUUAUAAAAGAAAAAAAGAAGUUGGCCAACGUGCCACCCCAGCAUAAGCAUACUGAAAGAGCCUUUUACAAUAAAUUAAUUUUAAGAAAAAGGUUUUCAAGGCAGUCCACUGCUUUGCCAUUGGAUGAACUUCCUACCUUUUGUUUGUGAAACUCCUCUUUUGAACAGUGCUGUUAUCUGCCCUGGUUGAGCCACUCUUUUAGAGUUGCAGUGGCCCGAAGGGGGAAAAAACAAAAUUUCAGGAAACAAUAUUUGCUCCCAGUCCUUUCAGUAUUUUUCAAAACAUUAAUUUCUAUUCAUUUUCCCAAUUCAAUUGUUACCAAAUUAUCUAGUGAAAUUCAUAAAUAGUUGUUUUAAAGCAGAUUAAAUUGUGCAGUGUAGAUGUGCUCCUGACUAAUAACUGUCUCCUAUUUCCUGAUCUUCUAAAUUGAACAUUAUCAAAAAGCUAGAAAUAUAUUUAGCUUGAUAGAAAAUAAUGUGAAAUCUGGAAUAUGGAAAGGGCCCAGCAUACAGCAGAGGCUCAGGUCAUCCUAAUGGCAAACCAAGUCAAGAACCGUCUUCUCAGACUAAAAUUGAGUGAAAUAGUUAGUACUCUGGUAGACGGAAACUAAAUUCAGAAUGUCAUUGAGAGGUUCAAACAGGCUGAAAAAUAAAAGGAAAUCUAACAGACUCAUGUGAAUUUUGUCACUAAAAGGUAAAAACCAAAUGCAGAGAUAAAGGGCAUAUUUGGGUUAAUGAAAAAAGUAUCUCAGCAGUAUGAUGUGUCUGGAAGAAAGGAAAAUUCAUUUUUAGGCAUAUGAUGUAUAUUCUCUAGCCUGCUGAGUCCAUGGGGCUAUCUGAACAAGCAAAGGAGGACAUGGACAAUUGGAAAGGAGGACAAAUCGGGGUGAAAGGAGGACACACUGUUUAAUAUUUGUAUUUACAUUCAUCGGAGAGGAAAGGAUUACAAGUAAACAGGCACACAAUGGGGAACAUACAUGGAGAGGAAUGUGCUAGCGCCAGCUGUUUGACUAGAAUGUUUGUGGCUGGGAGCUAGUUAGGAGGCUUUGUAACUGAUAAAAGUCUUAUCAAUGUCAGUCAGCAGUGCAAGUGAGAGGGUACUAAUCAACUAAUUAAGGUCACAGAGCUGAGCUUGUCAACUUGCUGUUAGCACUUAUUGGGGAAGUGCUGCACUUGUGGAGGAAGGCUGCUCAGUUAGAUAUGCAAAAAGGAGGACAAAAUUUGAUUUUAAGGAUGGAGGACAUGACAAAAAGGAGGACAUAUCCUCCUCCUUUUGCUGGCUGUUUGGUAACCCUGCCCAUGUAUAAAAGGGAUGGAACUUGCAGGGUGAUAGCUUUCUUUUGACAAAAGCAGCAAGAUAAUGCAGAAUUAUCAUAAAAAUUCACUAACCAUUUUCCUCUGGAGAAAGGAUAGCCUGAUUUACAAAUGGAAGCAAUGCUUGAAAAUUCCUUGCAAAAACCCUCAGGCUAUCCUAACAGCAAAAACAGUUAAAUGAACGAAUAAAAGCAACACAUCCACAUGCUAAAUCCACUUUGGGGGGAAAUGAUAAUUUUUGCACAUAUUAUAUUCUAAUUGCAAAGUUCUAGCUUUGCUUAAGCUUGAAUAUUUUUUAUGAAAAUUGAGGAAAGAUUAGUUAAGUUCCAAACAGAUUAAGGCAUAAAGCAGCAUGCUAUUACUGAAUGAAAUGGCGACAGGUUCAAAUUCAAAUUGAAGCUGUAAAAUAUAAAGUUAGGUUGGACUGAGUAUUUUGUUAGCAAAGUUCUACUCUCACUGUGACAAUAGCGAGGACUUCCACCAGUUCCUUGCAACCCCCUUCAAAUUAGUAGGGUGGAAGAUAGUGCAGCAGCUGUAGAAGAAAUGCAUGAAAAUCACCUUUGUUUUCUCCAGUGGGAAUAUGUAUCUCUCUUCCAUACCACAGGAACCCUUGGUUCAUGGAAGGGCAAAUCUGUAUCCAAUACAGAAUAUUUUUUAAUUAAAAAUAUAGAAUUCUUCUGAAGCUUAGUCAGGUUCUCUGAAUGGGCCUAAAAUAAAAAUUAUACUUCAGAAUUAAAUAUUAGUUCUUGCAAUUAACAGAAACAUUUUAUAAUGUUAAUGUAUAAAGCAGAUAUUGUAGACAUUGGUUUCCAAAAAUAAUGAAAAGCAACAUAUACAUCCAUAAACAAUAAACAAAUACAUCCAUAUUAUCUGUGACACAAGACAUUAAAAAUACAUUCAAGUUGGUUUCAAAGAAGCUGGCAAAACUUUCCCACUACAUUUCCUUUUUGUCUGUCUGUGGUUUAGAAUAAUUUCUCUUGUGUUUACUAGCAAGCAUGAGUUCAAUAUUUGUUUUGUUGUUGU